ACGGCGUCCCCGCGCAGCGGGGCGCAGGCGCGGAGGGGCGCGCGCGGCCGGGGCGAUGCGGGGCCUGGCGCGGCCGGCGCUGAGGGCGCGGUGGUGCCGCUCGCUCUGGGCGCUGCCAGCAAGGGCCGCCGCCUCGCCUCCUCCUCCUCCUCCUCCUCCUCCUCCCGCCUCCUCCUCGCCGAACCCGGGCGCGCUGAGCCCCUUCGACCGCCGGCUGAAGCGGAAGCAGAAGAACUGGGCGGCGCUGCAGGCCGAGCCCGCCAAGUGCGAUUACCUGCGGGAGGAGGUCGGCGGCAGGAUCGCGGACCGGGUGUUUGACAUCACCAGAACGUUUCCUCUCGCUUUGGAUGUUGGCUCUGGAAGAGGUUACAUAGCUCAGCACUUAACCAAGGAAACAGUUGAAAAACUUAUUCAAGUUGACAUUGCAGAGAAUGCUUUAAAAAAUGCUAUAGAAUCUGAAAUCCCGACGGUCAGGGUCGUAGCUGAUGAGGAAUUUCUUCCUUUCAAAGAAGAUACCUUUGAUCUUGUUGUCAGCAGCUUAAGUUUGCAUUGGGUGAAUGACCUUCCUAAAGCUUUCAAAGAGAUCCACCAGGUGCUGAAGCCGGACGGAGUGUUCAUCGGAGCCAUGUUUGGGGGGGACACUCUGUACGAGCUGCGCUGCUCCCUGCAGCUGGCCGAGCUGGAGAGGGAGGGGGGCUUCUCUCCUCACGUGUCCCCCUUCACUGCUGUCGCUGAUCUGGGACACCUGCUCUCCAGGGCUGGCUUCAACACCCUCACUGUGGAUACUGAUGAAAUCCAAGUGAACUACCCAGGGUUAUUUGAGGUUAUGGAAGACUUACAAGGUAUGGGGGAGAGUAAUUGCUCUUGGAAUAGAAAACCUCUGCUGCAUAGGGAGACGAUGCUGGCAGCUGCUGCAAUAUACCAAGAAAUGUACGGAAACAGCAACGGCUCCGUACCUGCCACCUUUCAGAUCUACUACAUGAUUGGCUGGAAAUACCAUGAGUCACAGGCAAAACCAGCCCAGCGAGGUUCUGCAACAGUUUCAUUUGGAGAUCUGGCAAAAAUAGAAGGACUUCUUAAAAGAGGAAAAAAAUAGUUGCUCUUCAGAAAUAAUAAUUGUCUUGAAACUUCUAUAAAAGUUUUAAUUGCAGACAGUCUUCACUUGUGCUUAUUUAGUGAUGACGUCCUGAAAUGAUAAUAAAGUAUGCAAAAUAGA